GAAACGCGCUACCUCACCGGCGCCCACGCAUGACGACGUAACUCUGCGUCAAGCUAACUAGCUAGCUGAAUGACGGCUAGGAUUACUCGAAGGAGAGGAGCUAACGUCCAUCUAUCAGUUACCAGGCUCAUCAACAACUGAAACACAGCGGCAGCUGGGUCUCUCCCCCACAGUGACCACAGUCUGAGCUUCCGCCGCUAUGACGGACAACAAGCGCCUCGCUUUCUCCAUCCUCCAGUUCCUCCAUGACCAACUUCAGUCAGGGAGUCUGACCUCAGGCGCCCAGGAGAGUCUGGAAGUUGCUGUUCAGUGUUUGGAGACGGCAUUUGAAAUCUCGACCGACGACAAGACCCUCGCCGUCCCCAUGACGUUACCGGAGAUCUUCGCCUCAGCCACAAACAAGUUUCCAGUCGAUUCGCAUGAAAACAACAACUCUGCUCCUCCACAACCUUCAAACUCCCUCACUGAGGAACAGAGAGAAGAGGCAGAGGCGCUUAAAACCGACGGUAAUGACCAAAUGAAAGUGGAAAAUUUUGCAGCCGCUGUUGAGUUUUACUCAAAGGCCAUCGCCGUCAACCCUCAGAAUGCCGUCUAUUACUGCAACAGGGCUGCAGCGUACAGUAAACUAGCGAACUAUGCAGGAGCGGUGCAGGACUGUGAACAUGCCAUCAGCAUCGACCCAAACUACAGCAAAGCCUAUGGGAGAAUGGGUUUGGCUCUGGCCAGCCUCAACAAACACACAGAAGCAGCAACUUACUAUAAGAAAGCUCUGGAGCUCGACCCAGACAACGACACGUACAAAGCCAACCUGAAGAUCGCAGAGGAGAAGAUGGAAACGUCCAGCCCAACAGCAGGGAUGGGCGGAGUAGAUCUGGCCGGUCUGCUCAGUAACCCCGGCUUCAUGAACAUGGCGUCCUCUCUGAUGACCAAUCCUCAGGUUCAGCAGCUGAUGUCGGGGAUGAUGUCAGGAGCAUAUGGUGGGAUGCCAGGAGGAGCCAGUGGGGGAGGCGGAGGACUAGGUGGGGGGCUGGGAAACUUAGGCGGACUAGGAGGAGGAUUAGGUGGACUAGGAGGAGGAUUAGGUGGACUAGGAGGAGGAUUAGGCGGACUAGGAGGAGGUCAAGCGGGGGGAGUAGGAGGAGGUCAAGCGGGGGGACUAGGAGGAGGACAAGGAGGCGGAAUAGGUGCAGGAGUAGCAGGAAGUGCGGCGCCCUCCGGAGCCGGUGCUACAGGCGGAGAUUUGUCAGGACUGAUCCAGGCAGGUCAGCAGUUUGCUCAGCAGAUGCAGCAGCAGAACCCUGAACUCAUAGAACAGCUCAGGAGUCAGAUCCGCAACCGAACGCCCAGCGCGGGAAACGAGGAGCAGCCGUGACACUGAGACAUGGUUUGUUUGUGGAUGAGAAGAGCUGUUAUGGAUCAUUUCUAUCUCAAAGGACUAAAAAGAAGUUGUUUUUUUUUGUCCCCCCCCCAAACAUCACUUAACAGCUGCUGCACGAGAGAACAAGGAGCUUCAUCCGCUUCCUUCGGGAGCUACACCACCAAAAGAGAACCACUUCCCGCAGCUCUGUGUGGUUUUCAUGAAACUGGUUCACCACCGUGGUACCAAACAGAUUCAUUCUACUACAUCUGAAUACAUAUAAUGCUCUAAUAGGAACAUGGCUAUUAAAACAGAGUUUAAAAACAGAAGCUUGAAAUGUCUUCUUAAAACAACAGCUGGAUUUCAAAUGUUUUGUCCAUUACCCUUUUCUGAUCUUAGUUUGUGUGUGUGUGUGUGUGUGUGUGUGUGUCUGGGGAGGGGGAAUACCUGAGUGUAGGGGUUAAUUUUGCCUGCGUGUGUGUUUGUGUCUCGUUGUGAUGAGGCAGAGAGCUUUCACAGUCCUCGCAAUUAAAAAGAGCCUCUCAACCUUU